AUGGCAUUCGGUUCCAAAUCUAAGCCAACCCGUGCCGCCGGCCCAGCGACAAAUGCUGCAACCGCAGCACCCCCUGCUCCUGCUCGGAGCCGAUGGCUCAAGGGCCACCAUGGCCGGAACGAACAAAGGCACGUCGGAGAGCUAAGGCAUGCGCUGCUAUUUUACCCUCACGAUCCGAAUACAUCGACUGCGGAGCGUGAUCAGGCCAAGGCUGAACUUAAUGCAAUGGGACGAGGGCGUGAGGCUCAUGUACCCAUGUCUGUCAGAGUCAAGUCCAUGUUCCGAUCGAACAAGAAGCGAACGACCGUUCGUACCUGA